CGUUCGUUCAUCAAUGAAUCUCAUGAAUCUUGAUAGGUAUUGUGGCUUCGCAUUAUCGGCUUCCUUCCUGUAAUACUUUUACGUGUUUUUGCCCUUUUUUAUCCGAGAUAAAUAAUUUUCAUGUCCAAAGUGAUGAUAGUCUGAAGGUACUUGUUUUAACUAAAUUUGAUUUUCCCUCCGUUCCGUUUAUAAAAUUACUGGACUCAGUGUGCUGCCAAGACUAGAGUACCUAUAGUCAAGACUGAACCCCAACACUACAUAAGUAAAAUAUUUAUUCUGAUUAAUUGUAAUUUUUUUAAAGUUUGAAAUGGCUGUGAUAGAAGGUCAAGGGAACACCCUCAGGAAUAAAAAGAAGAAAAAGAAGGAGCGCGCCAGGAGGAGAAGGGAGGAGGAAGCAGCAGCUGCGCAGGCGAAGCAAGCAGAUACCCAGCAGUCCGCAAAAGAACCCGAAAAUCCGCCAGAAGAAGUCAUAUAUGUACCGGACACACCCUAUGACCAACCAUUGUACCAUCAUUUCUCGAGAAUUUUCGAGUUAUUUCGUAUCUCUGAGCCAGAAAAAAGCCCAGAACCACAACCGCAGGAAGAAAAACAACAAGCUAAUGCCGCAGAGUUUCCCAAAAAAGAAUUGAACUUAAAGAAAGUGCCUAAAUUGCCGGAUGAGUUUGAUGAUGAGGAUGAACAUGGCAAAGGAGAUGACAAAAAAGAGAAAAUUUCAAAACGGAAGAUGAAGAAGCUAACACGAUUGAGCGUUGCAGAACUAAAACAACUUGUCAGUCGACCAGAUGUUGUAGAAAUGCACGAUGUGACCGCAAGAGAUCCAAAAUUGCUUGUUCUUCUGAAAGGACACCGGAACACUGUACCUGUGCCUCGACACUGGUGUUUUAAAAGAAAGUAUUUGCAAGGCAAACGAGGUAUUGAGAAACCACCGUUUGAUUUGCCAGAUUUCAUCAAGAAGACAGGUAUCAUGGAGAUGAGAGAAUCUCUUCAAGAGAAGGAUGAUCAAAAAACUCUAAAAGCAAAAAUGAGGGAACGAGCUAGGCCAAAAAUGGGCAAAAUAGACAUCGACUAUCAGAAACUACACGAUGCAUUUUUCAAAUGGCAAACCAAACCACGUUUAACAAUUCAUGGCGAUUUGUACUAUGAGGGCAAGGAAUACGAAACUAGAUUAAGAGAGAAAAAACCUGGUGAUCUCUCGGACGAACUUCGCACUGCUCUUGGCAUGCCUAUCGGUCCUAGUGCACAUAAGGUGCCUCCGCCUUGGCUAAUUGCAAUGCAGCGUUACGGUCCUCCUCCUUCAUAUCCAAAUUUGAAAAUCCCUGGGUUGAAUGCACCCAUCCCAGAAGGUUGCUCCUUUGGUUACCAUGCUGGUGGUUGGGGGAAACCUCCGGUUGAUGAGAAUGGUAAACCACUUUAUGGAGAUGUUUUCGGUGUUCAAAAUUCCAAUGACGAGAAAGCAGAGGGUGACGAGGAUAUAGAUCAAACAGCGUGGGGUGAACUAGAAUCGGAAUCUGAGGAAGAAAGUGAAGAGGAAGAAGAAGAGGAGGAGGAGAAACAGGCGGAUGAUUCAGGACUUGUGACCCCUGCAGAAGGUCUAAUUACACCAUCUGGCAUCACAUCAAUACCUGCUGGUCUUGAAACUCCAGAAAUCAUCGAAUUGAGGAAACGCAAAAUAGAGAGUGAAAUGGAAGGUGGAGAGACACCAGCUUUGUAUCAGGUACUUGCAGAGAAGAAGAUGGACAGGGUUGGAGGAGCCAUGAUGGCAUCAACACACACUUACGAAAUCCCAUCUCUUCCAAGUUCAAUACCCAACACAGGGGCUGUAGAAUUGGCACUGGAUCCCUCUGAACUUGAUCUCGUUGAUACAGACGCAAUGGCUGUUCGCUACGAACAACAAAUGAAGGAGCAGCAGUCACAGCUGCAGAAGGAAGAUCUGUCAGACAUGUUAGCCGAUCAUGUCAGCAGAUCAAAGAGAAAACGGAAAGUACCUCAAGCUCAAGAUACCAAACAGACCACGAAGAAAUACAAGGAAUUUAAAUUUUAAAAAUUUUUGGCAGACAACACCUCUGUUUAUAGGAAUCAUGUUGCAGCUGAAAAUAAUCACAGUCAUGUGGAACAUUUUGAUUCCUGCAAAUAUUUAUAUCCGCAUCAGGCCUGUAUCAUAAUGUAUUAUGCAUAACUAAAAUUUGUGAAUAAAUUAAUGUGGAAACUUA